AACUGUCUAAUAAAAAACGACGAAAUUCUGAAUCUACGAAACGAUAAAGGAGGAAAGGGAGAGACGACACAGGCACGGGAACGUUAGAUCCGACCAUAGCCGGCGACCGUCAUGUCAUCCUCCGUCCGAUCCAUCUCUCUUUUCGCUUUCAUUAUCCUCCUCUUCUCUCCCGCGCUAGCUUCCGAGUCAGAUCACAAGUACCAACCGGAUGAUCCAGUUACUCUUUGGGUAAAUAAAGUUGGUCCUUACAAUAAUCCGCAAGAAACAUAUAACUACUACAGCCUUCCCUUUUGCCAUCCAUCAGGGGAUUCUGCUCACAAAUGGGGUGGUCUUGGAGAGGUCCUUGGUGGAAAUGAACUCAUCGAUAGUCAGAUUGACAUAAAGUUUCGGAAGAAUGUGGACAAAAGCACCAUUUGUCAGCUAGAACUAGAUGAUGCAAAGGUUAAACGGUUCAAAGAUGCAAUUGAGAACAGCUAUUGGUUUGAAUUCUUUGUGGAUUUUGUUGGUGAGCUGCGUCCAGAUAAGAAUGGUGAUAAUGGCAAGCAUGUCCUCCACACGCAUAAGAAUAUUAUUAUUAAAUACAAUAAGGAUCAGAUUAUCCAUGUGAAUCUUACUCAUGAGAGUUCCAAGCAAUUGGAGGUGGGGAGAACAUUGGACCUGACAUACUCUGUCAAAUGGAUCCCAACUAAUGUCACUUUUGCUCGUCGUUUUGAUGUUUAUUUGGAUUACCCUUUCUUUGAGCACCAGAUCCAUUGGUUUUCCAUUUUCAAUUCAUUCAUGAUGGUCAUUUUCCUUACUGGAUUGGUGUCUAUGAUCUUGAUGCGGACUCUUAGAAAUGACUAUGCAAAAUAUGCUCGGGAAGAUGAUGAUCUAGAGACUUUGGAAAGGGAUGUCAGUGAAGAGUCUGGUUGGAAACUAGUCCAUGGGGAUGUUUUUCGGCCUCCUCGCAAUUUAGUUGUCCUUUCAGCUGUUGUUGGCACUGGUGCUCAAUUAGCAAUGCUUGUUCUCCUGGUCAUCUUAUUGGCAAUUGUGGGAACUUUAUAUGUUGGGAGAGGAGCAAUUGUGACCACUUUUAUACUCUGCUAUGCGUUUACAUCAUUCAUUUCUGGUUAUGUGAGUGGUGGGAUGUACUCACGUCAUGGGGGUAAAAAAUGGAUAAAGUCAAUGAUCCUUACAGCAUCUCUGUUCCCUUUUAUGUGCUUUGGGAUUGGGUUUAUCUUGAACACAAUUGCUAUAUUUUAUGGAUCUCUGGCAGCAAUUCCUUUUGGUACAAUGGUGGUGGUAUUCGUAAUCUGGGCUUUCAUUUCAUUCCCUCUAGCACUUCUUGGUACAGUUGUUGGGAGAAACUGGAGUGGUGCUCCAGAUAAUCCUUGUCGUGUGAAGACCAUUCCUCGGCCAAUUCCAGAGAAAAAAUGGUAUCUUACACCCUCUGUGGUCUCACUGAUGGGAGGACUUUUACCCUUUGGCAGUAUAUUCAUUGAGAUGUAUUUUGUCUUCACAUCCUUUUGGAAUUACAAGGUUUAUUAUGUCUAUGGCUUUAUGCUGCUGGUUUUUCUGAUUCUCACCAUUGUAACUGUUUGUGUGACUAUUGUUGGGACAUAUUUCUUGCUAAAUGCUGAGAACUAUCACUGGCAAUGGACAUCAUUCUUCUCUGCAGCCUCAACAGCUGUCUAUGUGUACCUUUACUCUAUAUACUACUAUUAUGUUAAAACGAAGAUGUCAGGCUUCUUCCAAACCAGCUUCUAUUUUGGAUACACUUUGAUGUUUUCUCUUGGGCUGGGAAUCCUCUGUGGAGCUGUUGGUUAUCUUGGCUCUAACUUGUUUGUGAGGAGGAUCUACAGAAACAUCAAGUGUGACUAGAACACCACCAAGGAAAAUGGACCCUUACCUUGCUUCGCUGAGCAGGUUAGUUCUCAAGACAAUAAAUUUUGAGAGGAAGUAUCUGGUCAAAGUAUAGGGACCCUUAAUGCCAACAUAUUAAACAACAAGCUUCAACAAUAGGAAUGUAGUCUUCAUUCUGUGGAUUUGGGGAAUCCAUGAAAUUUUUGCCUUUUCCCCGGUUGUAAGUGAAAAAGCUUUUAUUAGAAUUUAGAAGUUACAAGUCAGAAGUUAGGAAAAAUCGGACUCCUGUGGUCUUGUAAUUUUUUCCUUAACCCCAUUCAGAACUACGGCUACAACCUUCUUUUUCUUUUUUCAUUCUGCUCCUGGAGGAUUUGAUUUGACAAGGGGAAGGACUUAAUGAAUUCAGUGAUAUGUUAAAUUAUGAGCAUAUGAUGGUGGAAUUAUAUGCGUGUUACUGCAUUAUAUAUUUAUAAUUUCACUGCAAGAGUAUGAAUCCCUUUGAAAUAUUCCUUUACUCUUUGUGCCCUUUCAGACGAUAAGAAUGUUCCACUCUUUUUAUUAUUGUGGUGAAUAAAUCAACUCUGCAAAA